AUGGCGGGAAACGGGGUUCAUGAAAUCGCGAAUCAGCUGGAAACCCUCACAGCACAAUCUCCAGCUGCUCAGGGCGCGUCCCACGUCUCAGCUUCUCAGGUUGAGGUGACCGAUUCAACUGAGUCUGAUCUCACCGAUAUCGAUGAAUCACUCAUGCAAGAUGAUGUCCCUAAGUCUCAGUCGGUUUCGACCGAAAGUCAUUUCAUAAAUCCUACUGCUCCCCGGGUGAGCUAUCAAGUCUCCACAUCUGGCGAAGUCAUGAUUAUGGAAGAGCCCCGAACUCCCAAUCCAACCGCCCCUUCUCCUGUGCCUCGGUCUAGCCCUCCUGCUGCGUUCCUAUCUUUCGAUCGGCUUGCUCAGGGAUUACCUGCAAAGCCGGCAACCACUCCUAAUAUCCAAACAAUUCAGCCUCCGUCUCUGGCCAUAGAGCGCAUCAUGGGCCCAAAGCAGCCGAUCCCGGCGCGAAUCCUCGAGCUUCUCGAGGAGUGGCAUGAAAAUGCUCCUGAUACCGAACAUCCUUCGGCUUCGACUGGUCGUGCCCUAGCUACUUGGAAGAAUUUCAAAGCCUUCAGUGAUGAUGGCGAUGAGUGCGAGUUAUCUAUAUUUCAGAUAUCACUCAAAACUCAGACCCGACGCACCGUGACAUACCGAAUUAUGAUAUUGCACUUCCAGAAUGGACCCGAGGAACUUAUCGUGUAUGGACAACCCCGGUCGAAGUUCAGAGGAACCUUGACCAAGGGUACGAAAGGAGUGUACCUACUGGACUGGCUCGAGACCGAGAAGAAAGGUGAAGUCCAGGCUUGCGGCUUGAAACUGUGGAGAACGGAUGAGAAGAAAAUUACGUUCAGUCCACACAUGUUUGAUAAUGGACGGAAAUGCACUCGGCUCCCAGGGGCCAAUGAUAUUUUUAACACGCGUCUGACAAACACUACCCCAAAGAAGCAGUCCAAUGCAAAUGACGACAACGAGGAUGUCGGGUCCAACUCAUCCGAACCACCAUUUUCCCCCUUGAGGUCUAAGCUCCAAGCUUCCACCGCCAGUUAUUUCAACGCAGAGAACGAUAAUGGAAAUAAAACCACAGUUGCCUCACGCCCAUCGUGGUACAAGACCCUUUCGCCCAUUCCGACAUUCGAUAGUCACAAUGAAUUACGUUCUCUUGAGAGUCCUUGGAAGCCCCAAAAGAGGCGCCGCAGCAUACUGAACUCCACUUAUGACGCCUCCGUCCCUAUUCGCUACAAGCUGAUGUCGGAUGUGUCGGAGCAGGUCCGCGUUUUCAAGACCCACGAUGCAAAGGUCCUAUUCCAAAAGGCUCAAGAGUUUUACAAAGGCAUGGACAAUCGCACGGGACUGCUGUGCACUGUUUCUGGUAUCGAGGAAGUGCGAUACGUUGGGGAUGGAUGUGUUGAUGAAUUUGAUAUCCUUCAGGAGGAUAUCCGGAACUCUUCUAGUCCUGGUGAUAAAGAUCCCGUUGUCGAGGUGAAACCUGCAAUGGGCUUUUAG